AUGUCGAAAAGAUCAACUGUUCCGCAUGGUGCUGGUCCAUCCUUGAAUAAUCAUCAAUCUCGUAUAGAAAGUGACACUGGCACACACGUAUCACGAGUAACCAAAGUCAGCCAAGGCCAGAGCCCAGGCACCAGAUCAGUUAGACCAUCAGUUAGACCAUCAAAAAGCCUUAACCAGUCCGAUUUAGCACCCAAUACUCUGAGACACUCCCAUAGCCUGAGCGCCGACAUAGUUGUCCCUCAACGCGUACAGUCGGCCAACCGAUACGAAAAACCUUUACCAGAGCCACCUCAACCUGGAUCGACAACAAGCUCCGUGGGAGAAGAAUGCAGGCUGUCUACUGAGGCUGAUACCUUGCCAUCCACACCAGAGAAGCACCCCCGCGACAAAGGCCAGGGAAACGCACCACAGGAUAAAGAGGACAAUCACUACAAUUCUUCGAUUUCACCCAAUCACGUCACCGUUUGUUCAAGGGGGUUUUCCGGACACAAGAUCGGCCGGCCAAACGUGCCAAAAAGAAUGUCAUCCAUUCGAAGCCUUCAAAAGAAAACUCGAGAAUAUGACCAAGGAGAAAUUCUAGACCGAGAUGUGCUAAGAGGUUUACAUAUCGCAGCUUCAGCAGCUUGCAAUGAGCAAAUCGAUGCCUUCAUACGCGAGAAGACUGGUCUGCACAUCCGGCGGUUCUUAUCUGACCUCAUGCCCCUUGAGAGUCUGGGCAAUAAUCCGGCUCGGGAUGUAAAAGAGAGAAGAGCCAAAAGAAGGAAAGCAGAAAUUAGAGAGGUGAAACGGCGAGUAAGGAGGUCUCGACAGGCACGAGGACAAGCCAUGCUCUGA